GGAUAUUCUCCAAUAUCGAGGUCCUGCAACAGCAGGUCUCGGUAUACGACACCUUACUAGACCGCAUCGAUGAAAUCAAAACCAAGGUGCAAAGCCGUUGCGAUGCAGUUCAGAAGUCAUUGGCGGCAUAUACGUCAACGCUAGCACCCAUCCGACAUCUUCCCAGCGACGUUCUUCGAUCUAUAUUUCGCGAGAUACAAAUCUCGCAGUGGCAGAACGCUGGCAAAGCAAAGCACAAAGAUGAAGUGCUGGAUUUUUCACAAGGUCCGUGGGUGCUCAGCCAUGUAUGCGGUGCUUGGAGGGAUAUCGUUAUAUCUUAUCACCAACUCUGGUCGCAUAUUAUACUUCACUUUCCGUAUCAUUCAAUAGGCUCGCUCGGCGAGCGUCGGUUCCCGCCUCGUCACGGUUAUACGAUCGACGCACUAAAAGUCGUGAUCCAUCAUUCGGAACGGUAUCCUCUCGAAAUAGAGUUUAAUGUCGACCCUGGAGGCGAUGAAGAUAUGGCCGUUGAAGCUCUUUCCGUAAUUGCCGAGGAGUCAUAUCGGUGGAGGACCUUGAAGCUCCAUACAUUCUUGAGAUUGUUGGAGCGGUUGAAGGUGGUUCGCGGAAGGAUUCCUUGUCUGGAAUCCUUUACUUUGAACGCUUCAGAUAUAACACAAAGCGGAAGAGAGGACCUGUUGGAAAAUACUCAACGUAUCUUCGCUGAAGCCCCUCGCCUUCAAAAGGUGACUUUACGUGGCCCCUCCGGUGUCGGGGAUCUCAUGCUUCCUCUUCAUAUCACUCAUCUGGCGACAUAUGCAAACAAUGCUUGUAACCUUGGAGUUUAUCGGUCUCUCGUAGAAUGCCAUCUCAUGACACGUCCCAGAGACGAUCAGGAUAUACGAUCCCUUCCUCUUAACAUUCACCUUCCCAAUGUCCGGUGCCUUUUUGUGUCAUCGCUGCGAAUACUGGCACAUCUGUGCCUACCUUCCUUAAAUAAUCUCACAGUCUAUCAUAUCAGCUCGGGCAUUAAUGCAAACAUCCGCGACGUCCAGAUCGUGAACGAUUUCAUCCGACGUUCUCGAUGCUCCCUUUCCAAGUUAGUCUUCCGUUCAUCAAACAUUGACGAUCAGAUCUUUAUCCGAGAGUUACUCUUAUUCAUGGACACUUUGGUGUUCUUAGAAAUAAUGUUCCUUUGGAUCGAGGCUACCUUCGAUGCCCUUGCUCCCGUUGGAUUCCUCCCAAAUUUGCAGCAUCUACGGUUAUUUUGUUACGAUAUAGCCUCAUCCCAAGAUUCCCUCGUCGCAAUGAUCUCUUCGCGUAGCCAAAAAUUUCGUUCGGUCAAAAUUUACUGUUGCGAUCCUGUGGAUGCAGAGUGCUUCAAUCGACAUAUAUCACCACUGCAAAAAACCGGACAGCACUUUAUUGCUACACACAAAGGACAAAACCAGAUAACAUCUCAAGUGCAGUUUGGAAAAUUCAGUCAGUCAGAUUUAGAUGUUCCAGUUGACCAAUGACUUUUUCUCUAUAGUACGUCCUCCUUUAUGCGGAGAUCUCCGAUUGCUGAGAUAGACCUUCUAGUCAGCUGCGAGCACGGUGGGAUUAAGUUGGAUAUUCUAAUGCGCGAUUGUACUGCCCGUUUGGAGGCCGCGCGGCUUCAGUACUCAGUGGCCUUUGCAGAACUAUAGCCGUUGACAUCUACCGGCCCACAGGUCUCUGAUGUCCUUUCCUUCCCUCCUAAUUCAGAUAAAAAGGAUAUACUUAUUUGUGUCGGGAACGUUAAACUUGACAACGGGGAGUUCGCGUCAGAACGCUCUGCUCACAGCUUCAUCCCA